AUGGCGGUGAAGCCCAUUCAGGUGUACCUCCCAAGGCAGACCACGACCAAGCACGUACCUCGUGACACACAUGCACAGUGCUCUGUGCGGUCUCAGCGGGCGCAGAACCGUGCAAAGUCACGGUCUGCCGAACACGCGGCAGGAGGGCGUCAGCGCGUGGGUGACAGCCCGACCGGCGCCAUCUUACUGACUUCCUCACAGACAGAACUGCGGACCUGGGGCUCACACGGAGCGAGCAGCAAGAAGUCCAACGGCUGGGCACGCCGCCUCUGUUCACUCACCCUAACUUAG